AUGUCGAGCGCGACGCAACGGCAACACGCCGUCGGUUCGCCGACGGCAAAAUCAGAUAAGAGCCAAAAUUCCAGCUCGGAUAGCGCGAGCGUGGCGAGAAGAUUACAAACGGAGCUGAUGUCCCUGAUGACCUCCUCGGACAGCGGCAUCUCCGCGUUCCCGGAUGGGGACAACAUCUUCAGCUGGGUCGGGACGAUCGAAGGCGCCAAAGGGACGGUGUACGAAAACAUGAAGUACUCCUUGACGUUAUCGUUCGCGAACGAGUACCCGUUUAAAGCGCCGGUGGUGAAAUUUUCCACCCCGUGUUUCCAUCCGAACGUCGAUCAGUUCGGGAACAUUUGCUUGGAUAUUUUGAAAGAGCAGUGGUCGCCGGCAUAUAACGUGAGGACGAUUUUGUUGUCCAUUCAGAGUUUGUUGGGAGAGCCGAAUAACGAUUCGCCGCUGAAUACGCACGCGGCGGGGUUGUGGUCGAAUCAAGAGGAGUAUCGAAAGUUGUUGCAGAAGAAGUAUAAGGAGGACGGGGCAAAGAAUUAG